AUGUCUUUGAAUACCUCGGCCCCUCUCAUACCUUUAGCCCCACCGGGGACAAUAUGGGUUGCAGCCGUCGGACCAGCCCUUGGUUUUCUGAUGAUUGCGGCCACCAUGGGUUCAGCACUGGUAGUCAUGCUCGCGGCCCUGUUUUUCUUCUCAACGCCCAAUCUAUGGAAGAAGCCUGUCUUCAUCUUGAACGUAUUCUCGCUCCUAGUCGGGAUCGCCUACGCCUGCAUCGACAUUUACGAAGAGUUUCAUGCCCUCCUCCACCCCACUGCGCUUCUCAACCCAAAGCUCUCCCUGGCGAUAGGGGGGUUUGAUGGGUUUACACCAACACUCAUCGACUCCAUUCUUCUCUUCCGACUCUACGCCGUGUAUCCAUACGAUCGCACUCCUCGGCUCAAAUUCUUGUUCAUCAUGAGUAUCCCCGUCAUGAUCAAGAUAGGACGGAUCAUCAAUGCAUCUUUGUUUCUCAACGACUACGCCAACACAAUCGCGGCUACCAAUAAUAUUGGUGGUUCUGCUGCGGUCUUGCUCACUAUACGCUCUCCCUUCAUAAAAGUUGAAUGGUCUCUGCAGAUUCUCGAUGAUGUGUGCGUCUUUAACUCCUACUCGUUUUAA